UUGUGAACCACCGCCUCAGGGUCUACACCAAUGAAAAACAAAAUUGACCACUACCAUACUAUCCACUUUAUUCUUAACUGGAAUGUACCGAGCGUUAUCUAUUUAGCGAACGAAGUCUUGUCAACAGUCGAGUCGUCAAUCUUGAAAGUUGUGAGUAGUAGUUUGGUGGUUAGGUAGGUGAUACUCAGGAUAAAAAAUCGAAGAAUCUAACGAAGAUGGGGCCAACUCUUUACAUGCUCCCCCCUAGUCCUCCUGUCAGAUCUGUUCUAAUGUGUGCCAAGGCCAUCGGGGUGAACCUGAAUUCCAUAAAGGUCGAUUUGUUAGCAGGAGAUCAUCUCAAGCCGGAAUUUCUCAAGAUGAAUCCUCAGCAUACAAUUCCAGUCCUUGAUGAUGACGGUUUCAUUUUGCCAGAUAGUCACGCCAUCAUGCCAUAUCUGGUGUCGAAAUAUGGCAAGGAUAAGACUCUUUACCCUACUGAUUUACGAGAAAGGGCCAUAGUAGACCAUCGUUUGCACUUUGAUAGCAGCAUUCUUUUCAACAGGGGACUCAUAAUUUCAAGGAGCCUGAUUUUUGAAGAAGCCAGAGAAAUUCCUCAAAAGCUUCUGGACCAGCUAUCAGAAGCCUUCCAUAUGGUGGAGAAAUUCCUUCAGAAGACUGAGUAUGUUGCAGGGAAUCAGAUGACCAUUGCAGACUUCAGCUUCGUCACCAGCAUCACCUCUUGGGCAGUGUUUGUGCCGCUCUCAGAAGCGCAAUUUCCCAAGAUCACGGCUUGGUUGAAGAAAAUGAAGCAGUUGCCGUACUAUAGGGAGAAUCAAAUUGGAUUGGAUCAGUUUUUGCAGCUUAUGGAAACAAAGAUGCCAAAAUGAACACUCAGUAAAAACAUCGUUGGAACAUUGAUGAAAUAAACCUCUGGUGCGCUCACUCUUCAUUUGUUUCGUCAAACUGGUUCUUGAUAUAAACAAUUGAAUUUCAGGCGAUGACGUAGAGUUCACAUAUCGAUUGUAAGAUGGAUGGAUUCCUAGAUUCCUAGAACUUAUGAUCAACAGCACUUCUACUAACCUUGAUGCGGCUAAAUCGCAAAAUGUUUUUUAUAUGCCUGUAAUUUUGGUACGGCACCAGACUAAACUUAGCGAGAUUCACCCACGCCAUGUUAUGUUAAUCGAAGUAAGCGAGAAUUAAGGGAUUGUAAAACAGGAAAGGAUUGAAGUGCGUACACCAGAUGUUUAUUUCAGCAAUGUUGGAACCACCUAAAAUCUCUGGAUAUAUUAUGACUAUGUUAUACGUAGAAACAAUAUAAAUACUUUAUUAUUA